GGAGAGCAGGGAGCAGGCCCUCCUCACCCGUCCGCUACCAUAAAUACGCCUUCACACCCCGCCUCUUCUCCUCGCUCGCAUCAGACCAUUAAUCUCUCUCUCUCAGUCUCUCUCUCUCACAUAGCAACUUUUUCUUCCUCCUCCUCCUCUUCAGAAGAAGGGAGGGCAACAACCGAUCGAGCAAGCAGGCAGCUGAGCAGACAAGACAGAAGAAAGAAACCCAAGACGAGCGCACAGGGCCGCCAUGGCGCGCGAGCAGCUUCACGUCCUCAAUGCUCUUGACGCGGCCAAGACGCAGUGGUACCACUUCACCGCCAUCGUCAUCGCCGGCAUGGGCUUCUUCACCGACGCCUACGACCUCUUCUGCAUCUCCCUCGUCACCAAGCUCCUCGGCCGCAUCUACUACUACCGCCAAGGCGCCCCCGACCCGGGCUCCCUCCCGCCCAACAUCGCUGCCGCAGUCAACGGCGUCGCCUUCUGCGGCACCCUCUCCGGCCAGCUCUUCUUCGGAUGGCUCGGCGACAAGAUGGGCCGCAAGCGCGUCUACGGCAUGACGCUCAUGUGCAUGGUCCUCUGCUCCUUCGCCUCGGGCCUCUCCUUUGGCCACACCCCCACGGGGGUCAUGGCCACGCUCUGCUUCUUCCGCUUCUGGCUCGGCUUCGGCAUCGGCGGCGACUACCCGCUCUCCGCCACCAUCAUGUCCGAGUACGCCAACAAGAAGACAAGGGGGGCCUUCAUCGCCGCCGUCUUCGCCAUGCAGGGCUUCGGCAUCCUCACCGGCGGCGUCGUCACGCUCAUCGUCUCCGCCGCCUUCCGCGCGCGCUUCGAUGCGCCGGCGUACCAGGACGGGGCUCUGGCCUCCACGCCGGCGCAGGCGGACUACGUGUGGCGCGCCAUCCUCAUGUUCGGCGCCAUCCCGGCGCUGCUCACCUACUACUGGCGGAUGAAGAUGCCCGAGACGGCGCGCUACACGGCGCUGGUCGCCAAGAACGCCAAGCAGGCGGCCAGCGACAUGUCCAAGGUCCUCCAGGUGGAGAUCGAGGCCGACGAUCAGGCCGCUGUCGUCCAGGACUACGAGAGAAGAAGAGACUUCGGCCUCUUCUCGGGGGAGUUCCUGCGCCGCCACGGGCUUCACCUGCUGGGCACGGCGACGUGCUGGUUCCUGCUGGACAUCGCCUUCUACUCGCAGAACCUGUUCCAGAAGGACAUCUUCACCGCGAUCCACUGGAUUCCCAAGGCGCAGACGAUGAGCGCCAUGGAGGAGGUGUACCGCAUCGCGCGCGCGCAGACGCUGAUCGCGCUGUGCGGGACGGUGCCGGGGUACUGGUUCACGGUGGCGCUGAUCGACGUGCUGGGGCGGUUCAAGAUCCAGAUGAUAGGGUUCGCGAUGAUGUUGGUGUUCAUGCUGGGGCUGGCGAUCCCGUACCACCACUGGACCACGCCGGGGAACCACAUCGGGUUCGUGGUGAUGUACGGCUUCACCUUCUUCUUCGCCAACUUUGGGCCCAACUCCACCACCUUCAUCGUGCCCGCCGAGAUAUUCCCGGCGCGGCUGCGGUCCACGUGCCACGGCAUCUCGGCGGCGGCGGGGAAGGCGGGCGCCAUCAUCGGCUCCUUCGGGUUCCUGUACGCGGCGCAGAACAAGGACAAGGCGAAGGCGGACCACGGGUACCCCGCGGGCAUCGGCGUGCGCAACUCGCUCUUCGUGCUGGCGGUGUGCAACCUGCUGGGCCUGUGCUUCACCUUGUUGGUGCCAGAGUCCAAGGGGAAGUCGCUGGAGGAGCUGUCCGGCGAGAACGACGACGACGUCCCGGCCGCACACGCCAGAACCGUGCCGGUGUAGAUCGAUCGAUGAACGUACCUGGGAGGCUGGGAUGACGAUUGUGUCAGUCAAGUCGAGUGAGUGAUUAAUUGAGUCGCGUUGGUAUGGCAUGCAUGCUCAAUCCUAGAGUAAAAAAAGAAUGGAAUCGUGAUAAAUAAAUUGAUUACAAGCUAGAGCUGUUGUUACCGAAACGCAGCAGCAGCAGUAGCAAUGUGUAGUAGUACAAUAUAAUGCUGCUACGUACCCAUC